UUUAUUUCUUGCUGCUGAGGAGACUAUGAAUGUAAUAUUUAAUAUACUUUAUAAAGUUGGAAGCUCUGUAUUUUUGUGGUUUUUGUGAAUUCUUAAGCUAAGCUGAAUCUUAUCUUUCACACCUUUCAAUCUCAAAACAAUGGAAGAAGAAUCUAGGGUUUGAGAGCACCAAUUCCAUCAAGGUCGGUGCUUUGGUGCUUUUACUAUUAAUUUUUUCACUGCCAUUUCUCUCCCGAGCAGAGGCAGAUAUGUUCCAAUCUCUGCUUGCUCUAUUCUCAUAGCUGGGUCUCACUCAUUUUCAAAAAAUUAGCCCUUUCAUGAACUGAAAUUUUGAAACUUGAAUCAGAAAUCAUCUAUUCCUCGGUUCUUUGGCUGGUGAAAAUUGGGGUUCUUCUCUAUUUAGGUCUUUCUAUCUUAAUCUGCCGCAUGUGGCUGAAUGUGUAAUUUAUUUGUUAUAUAAAUGUACAUUUUUCUUUUUCUUUUGUAGUAUUCUGGUGUUCUUGGCUUAGGUUUGCGUUGGGGAAUUAGUUUUUUUUAUUCUUUUUGUCUUUCGUUUUUGGAUAGAUAGAGACUAAUAUGGAGGAGGUUGAAGAAGCUAACAGAGCAGCUGUUGAAAGCUGUCAUAGAGUUCUAAGUAUGUUGUCUCAGCCUCAGGAUCAAGUUCAGUAUAGGAACUUAAUGGUGGAGACUGGAGAGGCUGAAGUGAGGUUUAAGAAAGUUGUUUCCCUGCUCAGUGAUGGUUUGGGUCAUGCAAGAGUGAGGAAACUCAAAAAACUCCAAAUCCCUUUUUCGAAAAGUAUCCUCUUGGAAAAUCCAAAUUGCAGAAUCAGACAUCAAUCAAAAAAUCUGCAGUUUCCUCAAACUAUUUUUCCUGACAAUUCAGUUCAGGAAUUGGGUUCAACUGUCAGAAAUUCACUCUGUCUGGGAAACCCGUCUUUGGAAUUGAGCUCCAAUGGGAAAAGUCCUCUUCACCUUAACCAACAAUCGUCAUCAAUUCACUACCACAUCCUUCAGCAGCAACAACAAAGGUUAUUACUGCAUCAGCAGCAGAUGAAACAUCAAGCAGAAAUGAUGUUCCGAAAGAAUAAUAGUGUCGUAAAUCUGAAUUUUGAUAGCUCUAACUGCACACCUUCAAUGUCAUCUACUAGGUCUUUCAUUUCUUCCUUGAGCAUAGAUGGAAGUGUGGCUAAUUUGGAUGGAAGUGCCUUUCAUUUAAUAGGAGCUUCACACUCCUCAGAUCAGAAUUCCCAACAGCACAAGAGAAAAUGUUCUGCCAGAGGUGAUGAGGGUAGCGUGAAAUGUGGGAGCAGUGCUACUGCUAGAUGCCAUUGCUCAAAGAAGAGGAAAAAUAGAGUGAAAAGAUCAAUUAAGGUGCCUGCUAUUAGCAACAAACUUGCAGAUAUCCCUCCAGAUGAUUAUUCAUGGAGGAAGUACGGACAGAAGCCAAUUAAGGGGUCACCUCACCCUAGGGGAUACUAUAAGUGCAGCAGCUUGAGAGGCUGCCCUGCUAGGAAGCAUGUGGAGAGGUGCUUGGAAGAGCCUAACAUGCUAGUUGUUACCUAUGAAGGCGACCACAACCACCCAAAAUUACCAACACAAUCCGCAAAUGCAUGAACUACAUGGAGAGCUUAACCAAGAUCAAGCCCCAUUGUUCAUUUUAUCAAAACCUCUGGUUAUCUUGAGAUGCUUCUGUACAUAAUUUAAGUGGUGCAAGCAGGGUUGUUCUUGGCGCAGUUUUUUGGCUUUUGGUUUGUUGGUUAAUGAGCCAUUUAGUUAGAGAGCGGGGAAGAGGAUCGGUGAUAAAAUGAAGUCUGUAAAAUUGGUAGUUCGAUUCGCAUGAACUAUUUCGUCUUUCUUAAGCAUGUUAAAAACAUUUUAGGGUUUUCUAAAUGAAUGAAAAUGCCUUUGAAAAUGAUAACCUUAUCUGUUG